ACUUCCAAUGGAUGCCCCUUCCCCCGUCCGGUCGAUUGCCGAAACCGCAUUGCAACGUGCUCAUGGCACAAUUGCGGGAUUACUUGUACACUGUAGUACCAGCUCCGUUGAUGGACGCCGGAGUAAAUGUUGUCAACCUUCACGACUACGUUGCGAAGAUCGACAACGAGUUCAAGACACAACGCUACGACGACAUCGACGAGCCAUUGUUAUACAUACGCAUUCAGAUCGGAGAGGCGACCUGCAACGUUUUGAUCGAUUGUGGAGCUACUCGCAACUACAUGAGCCAAGACUUUAUGGUACGCGCUGGCCUUGGGCCACGCGUUCGGAGGAAGUCGCAGCCUAUGCAAGUCACGUUGGCCGACGGUCAAACGCACAAGUCAAUGGACCGAUGCAUUGAAUCCGUCCCCGUGUACUUCGUCCCAAAUGCAAGCGAGGCCGUGUCCUUCGACAUUUUGGACACUCAAUUCGACAUGAUCCUGGGCAUGUCAUGGCUGCAAAGCGAGGAUCACCCGGUGAACUUCUACCGCCGCACCGUUCACGUUCGUGAUCGGAACGGAGUACUAGUCCCAUGCACGAUGCCUCCUCCUCACCCUUCCAUCAGCUGCCACGUGGUAUCCGCCGCAAGCAUUCAUGCUUCCAUCAUCCGGGAUGACAUCGAGGAGAUGGGGGUGUGUUUUCUCCACGCCCUCCCGCCCCAUGACAUUCCAUCGACGGACUCAUCACCGGACCCACGCAUCACCGAGCUUCUCGACGCCUACAGCGACGUGUUCGAAGCCCCGCACGGAGUAGUACCGGAUCGGCUCAUCCAUUACGAGAUCAUCCUCGAGGCCGGGGCCGUACCUCCGCAUGGUUGCAUCUACCACAUGAGCGAGGAAGAGUUAAGUCUCCACGCGCAAACCGUCAAGAACGCGGGCCCUCUUCCGCGCAUCGACGACCCCCUCGAAUGGCUGGGCGGCGCCAAGUUGUUCUCCAAGCUUGACCUCAAAUCGGGAUAUCACCAACUCGAGAUCCGGCAGGAGGACCGCUACAAGACCACGUUUAAAACGCGAUAUGGACAUUUCGAAUGGCUGGUUAUGCCUUUUGGCCUUACGAAUGCCUCGUCCACAUUCCAAGCGGCUAUGACAACGCAGUUCCGACACAUGCUGGAUAGAUUCGUACUCAUCUACCUCAACGACAUCUUGGGGUACAGUUGGAGUUUGGACGAGCAUCUGGAGCACCUGCGCACCGUUUUGAAGCAGCUACGACAAGCCGAGUACAAAGCCAACCGCGACAAAUACGAAUUCACGCGGCAAGAGCUCGAGUACUUGGGACAUUAUGUGACGCCGCAAGGCAUCCGUCCGCUUGCGGACAAGAUCGAGGUCAUCCGCGUGCCAUUCAUAUUCGAUGACGGCGCACGCCGGUCAUUCCAAGCACUCAAGACGGCCAUGCUCAUGGCACCCGUCCUUAGCAUCUAUGACCCCACCCUGCCAACGAGAGUGACAACUGACGCUUCCGGCUAUGGCAUUGGGGCAGCCUUGGAACAACACGACGACGACGAUUGGCACCCCAUGGAGGAUUUCAGCCACAAAGUGCCUCCCAUCAAUUCACUUGAUGAUGCAAGGAAGAAGGAGCUGCUCGCGUUCGUAAUGACUCUCAAGCGAUGGCGGCACUUCCUCCUUGGGCGUCGUACGUUCACAUGGGUCACGGACAACAACCCGUUGACCUACUACAAGGUGCAGGAUACUGUGAGCAGCACAAUCGGACGAUGGAUGUACUUCAUCGAUCAAUUGGACUUCACACCGAAACAUCUCGCCGACCUCUCCAAUGGUGCAGUUGAUGCACUCUCGCGAAGACCCGAUCUUUGCGCUAUGACACAUCAUGCCUUCGAAUUUGAUUGGGAACUCCAGCGGCACUUCAUUUGGGGCUAUGAGUCUGAUCCGGACUUCGCCACGUUGUAUGCGCAACUAUCUUCGGAUCACCCGCCGGCCAGCCACUAUCGCAUCGUCGACGGGUACUUGCUCCUCCACUCAUGAGGCAAUGACUUAUUGUGUGUCCCACGAGACCGUCGUCUUCGGAUUCGCCUUCUCGGUGAGUACCAUGACUCGCGACUCGCCGACCAUUUCGGAG